AUGUACUCCUUCGUCAUCGCCGGAACCACUCCGCAGGGGAUCGAGAAAAACUGCUUGUAUGAGACCGACCUAGGACCGCAAGGCCAAAGCCUUGCACAAAAUCCUCAAGAUGGGUCUCUUGAUAUUACCAUCAACGGCCACUUUGACGAGAUUGUCAGUCCACAGCUAACGGAGAAUGGAUUCUCGGCAUUGAUGCAGCCAAUGAUGGAUGUUUCUCCAAUAUCUGAUACGAGAAAAAAUCCGGACUCAAAUACUGAUUUCUUGAAUAUGCUUUUCAAUCCUUCAUUCAACGAUCAGUUCACGUCCAAUAACGCCCCGUGCGUUAGCUCUUCUGGGGACAUGGAGAUUACUAGUCUCGUUCAUCCUGCGAUGGAAGUUUUCGAUACCACUCGAGCCAUCAACAAUGCCAGAAACUCUGGUCAGAAUUUGAGCGAAAUCGGGAAAAUAUGGCCGGGGAAUUCACUAUCCGCCACACGGCUACAUUUCUGGCACGAAAUUGCAUUCGAUUCUCCGGAGAACAUAUUCUCCCGCCACGAUAUCAGAAGCUGUAUAGAGCCUGCUCAAGUUGGCCCCGAUCAGAUAAAUGCUGUUGACGUCAGUCUCACAGGCGAGGUCAAAGAACGCCUUCGGCACCUGAAGAAGAAUACUCUCACAUGUCCCUGCGAUAGUGUGUUUGGUGACCAAACAACAUGUGGACAGCGUUAUCUCUGUGCAAACACUACUGAAGUCUUUGACCAAGGCCUUUAUCUUUACCUUCACAAAUAUCAGCCGUCAUAUCCAAUCUUACACCCCGCUACCUUCAGGCCUGAAGAUACGUCAGAACUGCUGUUGUUCGUUAUGUGCAUGAUUGGAAUCUCAUAUCUAAAGACUGAAGACGCGGCGACUUUCAUCCGACUAACAUACCCGACCAUAUUGAAUGAGGCUUUCACUCAGUUCAUUUUUGCGACAACGGAGUCUCGAGCAUCGACCGAGAUCCUGAAUCAUCUAGUGCUUGCCCAUCAUGUUCUUUUUAUGUUCAUUUCAACCGGGACUGUGCAACAACAUGGUUUCUUCAGGCCCAAAAAAGACGAAAACUACAACCAAUUGUUACCUUCACAUCUGGAGACGACGGUGAGGUGGAGGGCCUGGACUAGAGUGGAAUCAACCAAGAAUUUGAUUAUAGGUCUUCUUUUGCACGAUUCCUGGCUCUCAGACUUAUUCACGAUAAGUCCUAUAAUCCGAACGGAUGCCAUAUCCCUCUCGCUUCCUCAAGAGGACACCCUUUAUUUGGCACCAACAAGCAAGAAAUGGGCCCAGCUCUCGCGCGAUGCAUCUCAUGUCACCCAAACCCUCGAUUUGUCAGCUCAUAAAUUUGAACUCCCAAAUCUGCAAGGCAGAUUCCAUGCAUUAACCUUGUACGGGGUUCUUUGUACCGCUUUGCUUCGUGUCACUGCCGAUACCCACCGCUUGAUUCGAAGUUCUGACUUGGCCCCUCCGGAACAACAUCGAUAUGUGCCUUGCAAUAUCCUCCGACUAGAUAGAAGAGCCAGUAUUUCUGUUCCUCUUCUUACGGAAAUGAUCCACCUUUACGAUGAUACGUUCAGACAUUCCAAUCCAAACUGCAUCGUGAUCUGGCACAGCGUCUGUAUCCUCCUGACGGUGGAUAUCGAUAUCCUCGGGCGUGCUGCUGGUCGUGAUGGCACUGAGUCAAUGGCUGAAGCGCGCAAAGCUCUAGCGUCCUGGGCGCAAACCGCCUCUGCACGUCGAGCGUGUCUUCAUGCGGCUCAGACAUUCAGGAUCCUGUCCCAUCGCAAGCCUGCCGACGGAACUGCGUUCCAGUCAGUUCGCACAUUAUUUAUGGCUGCCCUAGUUCUUGGAUUAUACAUCCUGAAUAGCUCGGCAUUACCUCCGCCAGGUGGGACUGAUGAUGGGAACUCCUUUGAUCUAGCUAAUGACCAAGUUGGCUGGAAGGUCGUUAGAGACGAGGGGCUCUUAUCCGAAUCUUCGGCUUCACAAGACAUGGGAAGACCCGACAAUGAGGCUGUCAAAUUUAUCCGAUUUGGCGGACCAAUUUUGAUAGAUCGAAAAAUAUAUCACCCCGGCGCUCGUCAUGCCCAGCGAAUUAUUCUGGAAUUUGCCAGCCUUCUGGAUGAAGUGGGAACGCAUUGGAUGGCCGAUUAUGCCCGCCUGUUGUAUAUGAUUCACGAUACGAUGACGAAUUGA